AAGAAAAGGUUUGAUGCACGAACAACAUAAAUUAGCCAAUGGACGGAGGCCAGUCUUUGACUCUACAGCUUCCCUCUUGACAAUGAUAGCUGUACUAAUGCAAGGCUUAAAUCUACGCCAGAGCUUUCCUUACGGGUAAAGCUGCCAAUUAUCGAGGCUUUACGGUACUCUUCUCUGAGAAAUUGGGCGUUCUUGAUCCUUCAUUUGUUUAUUUUCUUCCACAAAUCUGGCUCCAUGAAGAUCCCUUUCACAAGCAAGCAGAUUUGCUCAGGUUCAGAGAUAUCUCAACCCUGAAGGAACAAUAGUACAAUUCCGCGUUGUAGGUAAUCGUUUGAUUUGGAUCUUAAUGGCCGGAGUUGAAGAAGACGAAGGCGAGGUGGCGGCGCUGCGGGAGGCGCUGCGGCAGCAGAGGCAGGCGGUGGAGGCGCUGAAGGCGGAGCUGGAGGAGGAGCGGCAGGCGGCGUCGUCAGGCGCCGAUGAGGCGCUGGCCAUGAUCCUGCGGCUGCAGGCGGAGAAGGCGGCGGAGCGGAUGGAGGCGGAUCAGUUCCGGCGCGUGGCGGAGGAGCGGAUCCUCCACGACGAGGACUCCCUGGCGUUCCUCAAGGCCGUCGUCUUCAGCCAGGAGAUGGACAUCGCCUCCCUCAAGAACCGCCUCACGGCCGUCAAUGGCGGCAAUGGCGACGACGGCCUCCCCUGGCUGAGGCGGCUGGCCAAGAACGCCACUCUGCCCGCGGCGCGGCUCGAGGAGCUCUGCGGCCCGGAUCUCCAGGCGCCGCCGCCGAGGCAGCUGCAGCGGUCGGCGUCCCAGUCCCACCACCGUCUUCGGCGAGCGCAGAGCUGCUACUCCGCGCAAUGUUUGGGUAUCUCGAUCCCUGUUCGAGGAAAUGUCUACGAGAAGUUCGAAGCGCCGGAGAGCGUCGCCUGGCACGUCCCUCCUCCUCCGACGAGAUCCAGCAGGAGGUCUUCCCCGGAGAUAAUCUCCGAGGAAGAAGACGACGCCAUGGUCUCCACCACGCGCCGCGGCAAGAAUGGAGAUCACGCCGCCGUUGCUGAGCUCGGAGCUGAGAUUGGGCAGAUCAAAUGCGGUGUUGAGAAACUCGCGACGGAGCUGAGCAGGAUGAGGGAAGCCACCGUGUCCCGAGGGGAAGCCCAGGCGCGGUUGCUGGGUGAGAUCUGCGGGAAGCUCGACGACAUGAAUGACAACAGGGACCAACAGAAUGUUCAAGGAGGCAAGAAUAGAGUGGCUAGCAGAGAGGAAGGGAGUUCUUCUUCUUCUUCCUCCAAGGGUGUGGUGGGUCUGCUGCCGCAGAGUGAGCUCCUGAUGAACCAUUUCAUUGAGGUAUGUGCCCUACUCGUCUCCUCUGCUCUCCUUGCUAAGAAGCCCUUGCUCCUUAGGUGCUCCCUGAUUUUGGUCCUAGCCAUGGUGCUCACAAAAGUUUUGAUGGAUUAGUUUUAAUCUGGUGCUCUUCUAGAGGUUUUCAAGUUUAAUUCCCUCCCAAUUUUGUUUUGCUCCCUUCACUUUUUAGUCCGUCGAAUGUAAUAAGAGCAAUUUGUCCCGCUGAGACAAUGCUGAAGAAGACACGUUCAGAGUAAUUUGACCAAGUGAAUUCACAAGUGGCACUGGAAUUUGUCACUGAAUAUUGAGGCACUGUAAUGGAGCAUGCAUUUGGAAUAAACACUUUACAGCCUUUACUUUAACCAUUUGUUCAGGAAGAAACACUCGAGAACAGUUAUUGUCCAAAUUCAUCGAUGUUGCUUGUAAGAGGCGCAUAUAUUUGCCAAUGUGUGAGGCGCUGUAAUUUUUUUUCUCCUUUUCA